CUGAAGUGGUUACUGGCAAUUCUCAAUUUUUCCAUGUUUCAGUCACUUUCGUAUUGAAGAAAUAAAUUGGUAAGCCCAGGUAAACAGAUGAUAUAUAAUUUUAUUUUAUUCAUAAACUGUGCCAUGUUCAGUAAGGAGGUGCAUUCGGAUUAUUUGUUGUGUUUCACGGACAAUCAGUCUUUUUAAGAUUGUGAUAUUUAAAAUGAUUUAACAUAAGCCUGCCUUGUUUGAUAGAUUUGUAAAUGGCAGGGGUAAGAGCUCAUUAUCAUUGUUGUUGGUUGAUUUGUCUUACAGGUGCAUGGUGGUGAAAAAAAUAGGGGAAGGUUUAUGAAAGUGUUAUUAAAGUAGGGCAAAUUUGUAAAAAUGGAGCAGUUGGCAUGGAAACCAAUAGAAUGUUCUGGCUGUUUCCACUGGUUACCAUGGUAAUUUAAUUGGAUAACAAUUAAGAACAAUAAUGUUCCACUUUAGAACUUUGCACAACUAUGAUUUUUUUGUGGCAGUUGUCUAACUCCCCCCCAAAGAUGUCUACCAUCAAGGGCACAUUUUACCCUCUAGCUCUGUAGAGAGCAGUGGCAAUCGUACAUAUGUAAUGAUUUUUAGUGUAUUUUCAACAUGUUUAAAUUUGUUAAAUUUUACUGGUUCUUCGAAUUCAUGCAAUACAAAUGAUUAUAUUAACCCCUUAAGGACACAACUUCUGGAAUAAAAGGGAAUUAUGAUGGAAUAUUUCUGUCAUGUGUCCUUAAGGGGUUAAUCAAACAGUGAAUUAUUGUUGAAAUACCCACAAUGUUGCUGUUUUUCUAGCUUAACUAAUACAAUUCAGUGAUGAAUUCACCACAAUUGACCUUCCAAUGAAUAAACCAUAACAUAAGACCUUCCUUCCACCCUCUGUUAUGUGAUGUGCAGCUUAGAAAAUUACAUUUUUAGUUUGCAAAAAAAAAUCACUGGUUAGUGAAUAGACUGCUGCACUGUUAUAUCUCAACUGAGAUGCUAGCAAGUAUGUUGAAAUAGUUUUAAAAAAAAUAUCGGUGAAGGGACACAAUUAUUAUGUUGCUGUGUAAAGCGAUCAGUGGAAUUAUUUGAAAAUAUAUGAAUACAGCAACUACACUUAGAAGGGAGUUGGGGGGGGGGGGGGGUUACAGGGGUCUAGAACCUCAGUUGUUGAUGCUCUCCUGAUUCUUUUCCACUUUCUCUCCUUAUUACAUAUGUUAUUACCACUUUCUUUUAAACAAUGAGGAUUAUUUACAAAACUGAGAAAUGUGGGAAAAUAAGAGAAUUGCAAACUGUUGGCCAAUGUACAGUGCCAAAUUAGGAUUGCCCAGGGACCUAAGCAGAAUGCCAAACUGCUCCCCUCCACCGAGCCCUGGGUUCUGUUUCUGUGAGUUUUGUGUUUGUGGUGCAGGCUGGAAGAUGUAUGUGGGGGAAGGUUACUGUGCGUGUGUGUGCUGGUUGAGUGUUGGGUGUGGAGUAGACCAAGAGCUGUAUGUUGGGGGAAGAUGAGUUUGGGUGCUGGUUUAAUUUGGCGGCUGAGUUUUGUGUGUGGAGGAGUCUGAGUGUUACGUCUGUACGGGAGUCUGAGUGUGGCUGAGUAUUGCAUGUUUAUUGUCUGAGUGUGUGCGGGAAGUGAUUUGCCCCUCCUUAAGCUUAUUGUUUUUGGUGUUAUCCCUAGUGGUCCAGUGGAAGCAUGCUGAGAGCAGUAGUCUUGGUGGUCUGGUUAUGGCCUUACUCUGCACCGACUGGGUGAACUUUAAGUGCUUCCUCAUGCACUGGCACUCAGUGAAUGACACAGAGUGCCUGCUGCAGCACUCUGAGUCAUUGAUACGUGCAGGAUUACUUAUAGAGUUCAGCACCCAAUAACGGGGUUGUCCACGAAGCUCCUGUGGUAGUAAGGAGCACAGGACUAAGCAGGAAGAUCAAUAGAUAUCCAUGUCUGCUCAAGGAGGGCCCUCUCACUGUCAGAGCUGGAGAUCAAAAUCUGAGCCCGGACUUUAGUCAGCCACUUGUGGCACCUAAUGGGUAAUUUGACUCUUCCAAUGUAGAUAACCUGGAAAAUAUUUGCAAAUUACGUUAUCAAACCCAACUGCUUUGACCUCAAAUGCUGCAUUAGAAGGUAUCGUCAUAGUUUUUUUUAAACUAAUCACAAAUUGUUUUGCUUCCAUUUGCCCUCAUAAAACACAGUUAGGAUAUGUGAAACAAUCUAAAAUAUCUCAGCGAUAAUGAUGAAGAGUAAGGGAUCUGUUAGUAAUUAAUUUAAUUGGAGUCUAUGAUAUACUUAGUCUUAAAUAUAAAAAACUCAGGAAAUGGAAAUAUAAGCAGUACUAGGCAAUAAGAUUGCAGUAUUUCUAUUUCGGUCUUUGGUUCCUCCUGACUUUGAUGCAAUUUCCUGAUUCUUUUUUUCUCAUGCCCUUCGAGUUCUUUGAAGUAAAAGUUUAAAUUCUCUCCACACCAGAGUCAGGCGGGUAGGGAAAUGGGUGAGUAAAUGUGAUCUUUCUGAGUUAAGACCCUUCAUAUUUCUUAUUCUGAUUUUGCUAGAAUUGAUUGCUGGUCAUCACUUUUGCUUAAUAAAAAUAGCUUUAAUGAAGGGAUUAGUCAAUAUUCAUGUAUACUGUAGCUAUAAUAGUCUAGCUGUAUUUAUAACAUAAACAGAUUAAGUACAAAGCAAAAUAUAUUUGUAGGAUGCAUGGUCUAUGAAAGGACUUUAGAGGUACAGUUUAAAAGGUGGAAGACAGACUGGUAUAGGGAUGGACCACACUAAUGUAUACGAGCAAUUCAGUCUUUUCUUGGAACCUUCCAUAGCUCAAGAAACGUUCUUGUGAAUUGGAGAAGCAGAAUUUCAAAAGAAGGAAAAGAGCUUUAAGUCACAAAAAAGUGCAGAAGACAAGCUAGGUAAAGGGAAAUACUUAGUUAAAACAGAAUUGUAAAAAACACAAUCUAAUUAUAAAGUGUUCUCAAAGAAGCAGUGGAGGCUCAUCCACAGGGGCUCACCAGUGCCCCACCAGGUUUAUCUAUUUUUUGCAGUAGUUUAGAGCCAUUAAGAUAAUUGUUUUCUAGGGCAUUGGGAUAAGCUAAUACAAGGGCAUUACCAAUGUGAAUGUCAAAAUAAAAAAUAAAUCUGUGUCUAUUUAAAGGGACUUUAAACAAACCGUUUUCCUGGCACUGCAGGUCCCCUCUCCCUCCCACCCCCCAUCCCAAGUUGCUAAAGGGGUUAAACCCUGGUUCAGGGUCCACCCACACUCCUCCCCCGCUGACAUCAUCUGGCGGGGGAGACAUAUUGCGCAUGCACGGCCCGCUGGAGGGGGAAGACCUAAUGCGCAUGCGCGGCAAUGCCGCACACGCACAUUAGUCCUCCCCAUAGGAAAGCAUUGAAAAAUGCUUUCAAUGCUUUCCGAUGGGGAUUUUAGCGAAGCUGGAGGUCCUCACAUAGCGUGAGGACGUCUAGCGACGCUAUAGCACACGGAAUGUGUGCUAUGAACCCGGAAGUGCCCUCUAGUGGCUGUUUAGUAAACAGCCACUAGAGGAGGAGUUAACCCUGAAAGGUAAAUAUUGCAGUUUAUAAAAACUGCAAUAAUUACAGUUCCAGGGUUAAGGGUAGUGGGAGUUGGCACCCAGACCACUCCAAUGAGCAGAAGUGGUCUGGGUGCCUGGAGUGUCCCUUUAAUAUUUAAUAGGUUACAGUUCUGAAGGAUUCUCCCACUUCAUUAACUGAUGUCUGGAGAAGCUUUCUUGUAAAAAAAAAAAAAAAAGACAGAUUUGAAAUCUGCCUUGUUUCAAUUUGUUUUGCACAUGCCUAGUCUCCUUUAAAAAGGAAUUUAAGGGGCUUCCCAUUGCAGUCCAUGCCUGGAGGCAUGCUUUUGUCUUGUUUAUUCAGGGGCAAUCAUUAGCUCACAGAACAGGGGUGGGAUUACAGUGCCCACAGGAGAUAAGUUAGGGAAGCCCAGAGAGUAAGAUCCUCAUGCUGUGGUUAGUUGAAACAUGUAUCUCCACACUACAGGACUGGGGCUGUAACUCUGAGGACUGAACUGAAUCUGAUAGUUUAAAUCUGCAAUCAUUUAUGUUAACCAUGUCAGCUACUUAUUGGCUCCAUGUUACAAUUUCAGAUUGAUAAUAUUUCCAGAUGUAAAGGUAAUACAGAGUCUAUCAGUAUCCUGCUGCUUUAACUUUGUUUAUUGAGAGCUGAUGCAUCAGGGGUGGCUGACAGGUUUCAUAACCACAGCAACAUUUACUAAAAAGCUAAGGUUGUCAUAGUAGGAGCACCACUAAAGAUGAGACCUGAAAAAGAAGAGCUAGAGACUCAGAAAGGGCUAGAGAGCUGCUAGAGUUAUACAGAAGCUUUCUGUAUUGUGGGUAUCUAAGUAAUCCAUCACAUUGAUCCUGACUGUGUGUGAUAGUUAUGGGUUAUCCCCUGUUUGUGCUCAACUCUGUGUGUUGUAUCAUUGUAUUUUAAUCUGCUUUGCAUUUUAUAUGAGAAUCUCUGCAUUGUAUUUUUUGUAAUGUGUAUUGUAUUUCUGUAUUUUACACAGCUCUUUCUGUUGUAUGGGUAGAUAUGUAGUCUUCCUAGCUCUAUGUAUUUUAUGGGUAUUAUUGUGUUGUGCCCAGCUCUGUGUAUUGUGUAGAUAUCUUUGUACUCAAUUCUGUGUAGUGCAUAUUUAUCUCUGUAUUGUAUCUAGCUUUGAGUACUAUAUGGAUAUUUCUAUAUUAUACUCAGCUCUGAUAAUUGUAUGAGCAGUUCUGUAUUGGAUGCAGCUCUGUGCAUUGUAUGGGGACAACUAUUAGGGAUUUCUGUGUGGAACUUAGUACACUAGGUUAAGUGGACAGUUACAAACUACUAUCUAAUGAUAGUAGCUAAUGAGAAGGGUAUUGGGGAGGGAAGAUGAUACAUUUCGUGGGGGACAUCCAACAAGAAAUGUCUUAAAGUAGAUGAUAAUGGAAGUUAAAAAAGUUGAAUUGUCAGCAGAGGAGAGAUAACCCAAUGUAUAAUUUGUAUAUAUAUGUUAUGGAUCUAGAAGAUGGCCAAGGUUGAACCUCAUGGAACACAAAUGGAACGUGGCAGGAACGUUUUUAACAUAGAACACCCAUAAGUUAGGGCUCAGGCUGUAUUAUACAUUCUUCGGUAAAGAGCAGAUCUUAAAGGAGUUGGUGAUUAAAAAAUCAAAAGGUCUUCAAAAGAGUUCCUGAGGAUUAUGUGUAAAAGAAGCAUAUAGAUAUAAUCACUGGAAAAUUAUAUUAAGGCUACCUCAAUACAUUGAAUAAUCAAAAGCCAUACUGGCAAAGGCCAGACUCAAUAGAACAGAUUAUGUUAUCAAGUGUUAUAGACAAUGAAGAAGAAAAACUGGACUGUUUCCAUUCUACAAAGAAUGUAAGAAUUCAUGGAUGCCAGGUUUUGUAGAUGGUGCUCAGAAUGCAACAGUAGGCAAAUUAGAAUAAACUAAGGUGAAGUACUGAUAAGGAUGAAGCAAAGACGAAGUCAAGGAUAUCAAUUGUUCAGUUUAGGCAGCUCUGAUUCAAAGACAAAAUUCAGGAAGAGUUUAGGAGUAUAAUCCUGAAGUAAGGUGAAGUACUGAUAAGGAUGAAGCAAAGACGAAGUCAAGGAUAUCAGUUGUUCAGUUUAAGCAGCUCUGAUUCAAAGACAAAAUUCAGGAAGAGCUUAGGAGUAUAAUGCACAAACUAGCAAAGUGAGGCAGCACAAUACAACCGAGCAAGGAGGACUGGGAGAAUGGGCUAUUUAUUGGAAAGAGAGAAUAGGCCUUAGCCACGUCAUGUCUGCAUCACUGGCACUCCACCGUAGCAUGUCCUUGGCAUGUUCGUAGCAUGUGCCUACAGAGCCAAGGCACCAGAAGGACUGAGCCCCCACCUCCAACGAUGAUGACCAAACCUUGAGGUGCGGUAGCUUGAUAGACACCACAUGAACGUUCCCAACACUUGGAAGGACAUGCCGUGGCAUACUAUUGGAAUGGAGCAUCUGAGUCGACAUGAACUGAAGAUUCUGAUACCCUCUAACUCAGUGUCCUCCAAAGAGAGGGGAGGCACAUGUCGUGGGAGCGUGAGGUAAGCCGUGGCUAGAGUGGAUGUCUGAUAGUGGAUAAUAAUAUGAGUAUGGGUAUUAUAAUAACAGGUUGAGUUAGGAAUAUUGAGGUGGAAUAUGAUAGGGUGGAGGAUGGCAAGUUGGGAGUGAGUAGAAAAGAAGGGCAGAUGCAAAGAAACAUUAUUUUUUAUCUUUAGACAGUGUGUUAAAUAUAAUUAUUGAAUAGGUGAAAAUAAUUCUGCUGGUAUCACAGUAUACACCUGUAAAUGGUAUAAACCCUGCUAUCCAUGGGAUUUCAUAGACAUAAUUAUUGUUUGUUUAUUUUUAUGUAUAAGUGCAGUUCAUUUCAGAUUUCAGGACAAUAUAGCUGUAUUGAAAUAAAUCUCCUAGUCACUUAUGCAUUCAGUUUGGCUAAUUUGGUGUAAAAUGUGCUAUUCACUUUGAAUUACCACUUUAGCAAAUAACUCUAUGUUAUAUAACCCCAUGUUUUUUGUUUGUUUUUUGAGCAUGAAGCACCUUUAAUUAUAACAGGAAAUGUGCAAAGGAUAAUUAAAUAUUAUGCUAGCUUUAGUGUACUAAUAAUCUUAGUUUUAAUAAUGACAUACUGACGCACACAGAAAUACUGACACACACUGACAGAAAGGCAUAUUGACACACACACACAGAUAUACUGUGUGUGUCAAUAUGUCUGCCUGUCAGUGUGUGUGUCAGUAUGUCUGUCUGUGUAUGCCAGUAUGUCUGUCAGUGUGUUUGUGUGUCAGUAUGUCUGCCAGUGUACGUCUCAGUAUGUCUGUGUGUGUGUGUGUGUGUCAAUGCGUGCGUCUGUGUGUGUUUCAGUACUUCUGUUAGUAUAUGUAUGUGUGUGUGUCAGUAUAUCUAUCAGUGCAUGUGUCUGUCUGUGUCAGUAUGUCUGUGUGUCUGUGUGUGUCAAUAUGUCUGUCAGUAUAUAUUUGUGUGUCAGUGUAUGUGUGUGUCAGUAUGUCUGUGUGUGUGUGUCAAUAUGUCUGUCUAUGUGUGUAUGUGUCAGUAUUUCUGUCAGUGUAUAUGGCUGUGUAAGUAUGUUUUUAAUCUCUCUACUUUAGUUCCCCCACUGCAUUGGGGGUUGGGUGUAAAUGGGGGGAAGGUGGGAGGGGCGGGGCCCAGGAGGCCCAAGAAAAUGCUUUGCCCAGGGUCCUAUUCAUAUUAUAGAUGGCCCUGCCUAAGUCACAUGAUCAAUAGAAGAACCAUACGGAAUAACGAAGCCAGUUUGAAUUCCAAUACAAAUACAACAAAAAAUUAAAAAGACAGUGCAUUUCUACCUACAUGGUGUGUAAUAUCUAUGAAUGAGAAAGGUUUAAAAUACAACUUUUAUUGUAUUGUUUAAAAUAUGAAAAAUAUAUGAUGAUUUGAAAAUAAAACUAAAAGCAAUAUAGGAGAAAGAAACUAGCUACUUUCACGGCUGUGACUUAUUUAUAGAGACUAUAAAAGUCACAUUGGACCGUGAAGAGCCGUGAUUAAAGUACUCUGUGGGUUAGUACAGAGAUACACAUAGCACUUUAUAGAUGUAGCAAGAAAUACGGAGGCUAAGUAUUGCUGUAGGAAUUACUAGCGGUAGAAAAUGAUAAUAGUUAACGUGGUCUAUGAAUUAAUAAAACAAAGUGGCAAACAAAACUUUGUUGCCACUUAUUGUUUCUAUUAAAGUAAAUGUAGUGAUAAGGGGGGAGAGAAGGACAGAAAAAACCCAAACACAGUGUUAAUUUAAAGAAAAAAAACGAGUGUUUAAGCAGUAAAUUGCUGCUGCUUUAUAUUUGUCUAGCAUCUGUGCAGGGUUAAUACAAAGAAAAACCAAGUUAAGCAGUUGAUUGAUAUUACUUAGUAUUGUUUAGUAGCAAAUUUAGUAGCAACUGUGCAGGAUCUUAAUAUUUGUCUAACAGCAAAUGUGGUAACCCCUAUACAGGAUAUGUAUCACUGUAUAUAUCUAAUAGCAGAAAAACGGUAACGAUUACAUACACCAGUUGACCCGUAAAUGCCAAGCUGAGAGGUAAUAUUUACUCGUUCCUGGGGCCCAUGAGUCCUAGAGUAUAUAUCUAGCCAUUGGCGAACACCCCUGAAAGACUCCAGGACACUAAAGAGAGAUGUCCUUCUUGUAGCAUGGGAUGAGGAUUCCCCUUGGAAUCCAUGAGUAUCAUCAGAUCGCCUGUUAAUAGUGGAGGGUGCUGGUAUGACAGUGUGAGGAGAUCUAGGAACCAAGGUUGAUUCUGCCACCGAGGCUUCACCAGGGGGAUUGCCACUUCCAGCAUUCCGAUGUGGUGAACCACUCUCGCGAUCAUUGCAAAGGGUGAAAAUGCGUAAGCCCCUUCGGUUGGCCAUGCCUGCAGGAAUGUGUUUACCACUGCACCCUCCGGGUUUGGUAAUCAGCUGUAGAAAAAUCGGUAGUUGGCGGUUGGUGAGAGACUCAAAAAAUCGAAUGUUGCGAAGAUGGCUCUGCUAUUCCACGCCUGCAUACCGUCAAGCCACCAUCGAAGUUCUUGUCGGAUUUCUUACGUCAUGGGUACUGGUUGGUCGUAAGUUGGGUUUUCCCUGAGGAAACGAAGUGUUAAGUGUUACACGGCCUGAGAGUGCAGGGGCCUGGUAAGAUCACCUGGAUGGUGGAGGAUAGUAGUCCUAUGAUCCGUGCCAGCAGUCUGAGUGGGAUAGAAUCCCAAUGUAGUAUCUUCUGUAUUUCCUUGCGUAUUGUCACGACUGUGGUAGAUGGAAGUCAGAGUGUACACGACAGGGAGUCGAUGUUGAACCCCAGGACUUGCAUUUAUUAAGUUGGAGUCAGUUUUGACUUUUCUUGAUUGACCAGGAAGCCAAAGGAUUCCUACACAGUCACCCUGUAAUCUGUAGUUGAAAGAAGGUGGUUGCGAUUCUGGUAAGAGAUUAGAAUGUCAUCCAGGUAACCUAAGCAUGGUAUGCCUUGACCCUGUGUCAGGAUUAUAGUUGAUCCAGCACGUAGAAUAGUAUCACACCUAGGACUAAGGAUAACAUCUAACUGGACCUUAGAAUGGCCGAUCUUAACGUGUAAGCCUCCAUCCACUUACCUUAUUGGUCCGCCAAUCUGCCAAUGUCGGGAUUGGUCAGACCACCGCUUUCACGCCUCCAUAUAGCAUCAGGGAUGCUGCCCACUAUGCGCCCGCCCCUUUAAAGGAUGCGGCACAUGUGAUCUUGUGCCAUGAGGCCAGAAGAGCUCUAAACAACAGAGCUCAAUGCACACAUACCUUUUGUGGGCAUGGUUAUGAUAAUCACGCUCCCUACCAUAUAACAACCCAGUCUGCCCCCAAAACAGAGCCCUGUUGUGGUUCCUAGUAUGCCUUGUGUCUCUAGUGUCCCCUCAGCGUGUUCCUCUAUCCUUUUGAUAGUUCUUUGGUUUUGAUCCGACUUGAUCUUGACUUUUCUGAUUUCUGGUUUCCCUGACUCAGCUUCGUUCCUCGCUAUUGUAUACCUCUGGCUUCCCCUGAUCGUGGCUUGUUUCUGGUGUUUCUUGUAGAUUCUAUUUAAGGACCGGCUUCGGGACUUUCUUUCUGUCUCUAAUUUUACUGGGGGUUUUCACUCUUCGUAUUGGGUAAUAUCGUUACAUAACGUACCUUGGAAUAGUCAAAAUACUUGCCGAGGUCAGGGACACAGAAAGAGGCACAACGAUGAGGAAAGCCAGAAGUCAAGGAUACCUGAAAUCAGGGAAGUCAAAAUAAAGCUAACGUCAAAUACCAGAAAAACACAAUCAGGAACACACUCUCAGAUAACCAGCUAGUGGAAAACACAACAGGACACUGAUAAAAAGGUAAUUUGGGUUUAAAUAACCCUCCUUAUGCUGUAAUUGGCUGUCUCUGACCUCUGACCCCAGAACAUGCAUGCACGUCAAUGACGUGAAGUCGCACACAUGUUGGUGCCAUCUUUGUUGUGGGCGAAGGUAAGUUUUUUAUAACAGUCUGAACCGCAGCGGCUGGCGUUCCUAUGAACAUCGCACCCACUGGGAACCGUAAUGAAGGGGGACCGGGCAGCUGCCCCCCAAGGUAAGUCUGAAAUAUCUGUCGGCGUGGCUGCUUAGUUUGAGUGCAGCCACGCUGGCAGAGGGACCGAGAGCUAUGACACCCCGUAAGUGAGCCAUCACUGGUUUCAGAAACCUUCAUGAAGCAACGUGGUUGCCAAACUGAGCCCGAAGUGGAGGCGGGUGAAUUGCCAUGGUGACCCGUUCCAGAGGAACCGAAAAGGAGGGACGUAUAAACAUACGCGUUUGGUAGAUUGAAAAGGAAAGAAUAGACAAAUGCGAAUGCAGAAGCCAGACAGGUGGGAAAACUUCACAGCACCCCGCGCUCAAAGGCGGCUCUCUAAUUAGGCGGUUUAGGCGGCCGCCUAAGGCCUCGCGCUGGCUGGGGCCUCGCAGCCGCCUAAACCGCCUGUGGGUAAUUUGUGUCAGGUCCUCGGUCAGUGACCGAGGACCUGAAACCAGGAGGGGGCCCGGCGGCUUGCCCGGUAUGCCGCCGGGUGCGAGGCCAGUCCUGGCUGCCCGGCCACCAUCGCAGACACAGGUCUGCAGCUCCGCAGUGAGCAGAGCUGCAGACCAUGAGUUUCGCGAGACCUGGCCAAUCAGAGCAUUGCCGCGGGUUACCACGGCAACGUUCUGAUGGUCUCGUAGGAUUACACGGUCUGCAGCACUGCGGAGCUGCAUACCAGAAGAAGUGGCCACCGGACCACCAGGGAGCCCACUGGACCACCAGGGAGGACAGGUAGGCUCUCUCACCCCCCUGGUGAGGCUUCUUCUGUUGAUGCUCACAGAGACAAACAUUCACACACACAAGGAUACUCUCUGUCAGACACACUCUCAGGCACAUACACAGGUAGACAGUGCCUCAAUGUGUAUAUGUGACACUUUUUUGUUAGUGGGGCCUCAUGUUUGAGUUUCGCCUAAGGCCUCAUAAAGUCUAGAGCCGCCUCUGCCCGUGCUCUCACUGAGGAGAGCCCGCGGCGGUGGGAGAGUGCCUGUGGAGUGACGAGCGUAGCCACAAGGAGAACAUUUUAUGAGAGGGGCUCACCCUCUAAUAAUGACAAUAGUAUCCAUAUCAGCAUUGGGUUGGGCUUAUGAGAGGGGCUCACUGUCUAAUAAUUAAAUCAGUAUUAUGCACUGACAUAAUCUGUAAGAUAAACAAAAAACUGACAGGAAGCAGUAUAAAUAUCAGUAUUGGGCUGAGUUUUUUAAGAGGGGCGCACUCUCUACUAAUGAGAUCAGUUUUUGUUAAGAGAAACAAAAACUGACAGGGAAUAAAAGGGGAUAAAGUAGGUACACAGACAUCCUAAGUCUAUACCCUACAAAACAAAAAACUGCAUCCCCACUAUCAGAUAAAACCCUACAUAAAUACAUAUAUAGUAAGAAAAGAAAGAAUUCAAUCUAGUAAAUAAGUAAAAUUACGUAAAUAUAACAAGACCAGCCAAUAAAGUGUAGACACACAAAAUUCUGACCUGACUUGUGAUGGAGCAGCAAAGAAAGAGGAAGUGACUCAGUGGAAGAUGUAUCUUAUACUCUCUGCCUGUUUCUGAUUGGUUCCUUUUUUCUCUAUAUGUCUUUGCUGCUAUGGAAUAGUAAAGGAAGAUUCUGCAAAAUAUAAAGCCUCCUGUCAUUAUUAAAAACUAAAAUUAAUAGUAAACUUAACAAAACAACAAUCUCUUUUCAGGGAUAGUAAGUGAUACUAUAUGGUGCCUAAAGAAAAAAGCGGUUCAACACGUAAAGUGGAAUUCCCUUAUUUCCACAAUCAAUCUAAAAUGCUGGAAAAAAUGUGGUAUAAAAUAUACACCAACUAGUGGAGCGCUAUGUAAAUGUAAAAUAUAAAAAUAUAUAUAAAGUAGUGGAGGGGUCCACUUACCACAUUAAUACAAUAACACACUUAGGAAUAUGUACUUGGAGACACAUAUAAAGAGAAAAAAACAAAUAAAUAUAUAGUGCAGAUGGUCUUUAGCAAUUAUGGGUGAUAAGAGUGAAUAACUAGAACCACUCACAUGGACUGGAGCCUAUGCAGUAUUGGCUCCGUAAAAAAAACCUUUCUUCUCUUUGGGCAGCAACACACCACUUCCUCAGUAAUGGUCCUCCAAAGACAAAACAAGGGAAGAAAUAGACCAGAUGUGUAGUACUGUGCAAAAUUGCAAUUAUUAUAUAAAUGGUAAGUAUUGUGCUCACCUUGUUAAGAGCCUUAAGUACCUGGCUCUAAGGGUGAUCAACAGUGUGCCAAUUUUCUGAGAUGGCACUCCCCUAUAAGGUCCCUGGAGGCUUAAGGAUUUGAUGGAAUAACUGGUAAAAUGUAUUAUUUUAAAAUAAAAACAAAAUAUACUAGGUAUACAAAAAUAUAAAAUAAAUGCAGUUAAAAGUCCAAAUAAAAGUCCAAAGUCAGCCAAAACGCGUUUCACUCUUCUGUGAGCUUCCUCAGUCAGUUGUAGUGUAGCCUCAGGACUCUUCUGCUUUUUAAAUGUUCAGUAACUUGAAUGAGUCCACCCCUUUGGGGUCACAUGAUGUGCAAUUAACCAGUCACAAGUUCAGGUUUUCUUCAAUUUCUUAUGUCUUAUAGAAGCACCUGUGAUUGGGGAACCCUCAUUUGAUAAUUAAAUUUGCCACCCUUAAAUAUCUUAUUGGUAAAAACCCAUUGGUGGCUCAGAGGUAUUAGACUAUAGGGCAUCCUAUCCGGUUCAUGGUUGGCGGAAGUGACGUCAUGGGUAAUGUCGUUCAUCAAAUCCACCCGCGUGGAUAAGGAAUCUCUCGAAUGAACUUCAUUGGUGGUCAGGGGUGUCACUCUGAACCACCUGCUUCUCCCUCUCACGGCUGGCGGAACAUCAUGUUGUAAUUUCCCAUAUGUGCUUAGGGGAAGGUCGGGGGGUGGCCGUCACAGAAAAAAACUGUGCGUCAGCCUCAUCCCAUCCAGCGGCGUCCUGAUCCAAAAUCCCCAUUUUAAAAGUAGGCACUGGGGAGAGAAAAGGGGACAUUGAGCAAUAUUCCCUAGAUGGCACUUUACAUAGGGGUAUAUAGCUCCAAAUUAAGGGAAAAUAUAGGGAACAAAAACCCAUAGGGGAAAGAAGAAAAGGGAGAGAGAGGGAGAUAAAAACACAGGGGAGACAAAAAUUGAGAAAAUAGAAACUUAGGUUAUAAACUUGCAAAUGCUGUUAUCCCAUAGUUAAACAAAAUGUAUUAAAAUAUGCAUUGCAAUAAAUGUAUUCUUAUGAUUGAGGUACAGAGGGGAAUCAAAUAAAGAAAAAAAAUAAAAAAAAUAAAAUUGAAAAAAACAAAAAAGACUAAAGAAUUUUUUAAAACUUUUUUGUAUAUUGAAUGGUACCCUAUAUUUUGUGGUGUUAAAAACUGAUCCAAAAUAAUGUGUGGGUAUGCCUAAGAAGAGAUGUAUACAAAAACAUAUAAAAGAUACGUUUUUUGUUUUUUAGUAUCUUUUAUAUGUUUACAUUUACAUAGCACUCCACUAGUUGGUGUAUAUUUUAUACCACAUUUUUUCUAACAUUUUUAGUACACUAAAGCUAGCAUAAUCUUCAAUUAUCCUUUGCACAUUUCCUGUUAUAAUUAAAGGUGCUUCUUGCUCAAAAACAAACCAAAAACGUGGGCUUAUAUAACAGUGUUAUUCGACAAAAAACAAUAACGUAACACUAAACAAAUUUCAGAGCAUAGAAUUGUUUACAUAUAACAAAUGUUAUAAAAUGUUCUUCCUCUUGGGAAAAUCUUUUUUGAUUGGUUUCCAUUUAAUAAGAUUCAUCAUUAAUGGUAUUUGCAGCUAACAGAUUUUUAACAGAUUAGAACUCCUGGAUGUUGGGCUAAGGCAACAUCCCCAGGACGUACUCGAAAACCAUAUAAGAUUUACUUUUUCAUUCUUACUGAUCAGCAUUUUGAUGAAGAGAAGACUAAAUGAUGAUAUAAUGUAUGUCUCCAAGACAACUAUGGACUGAUUCACAGUAAAUAAUCAUGGUAGCUGUAUAGUGUGAUCUAUUGAAUUUCCUCAUUUAGUAGUAAAACAUAUCAAUUCAGUUUAGAAUUGUGAAAUCAUAGUGAUGUAAUGUUUCUACUCAACAAGCAUAGACCCCCAUAUUGUUGUUUCUUUAUUUUGACUGUAUACUUUCUCCUCUCUCUUUUGUGGUCUACAUGGAUGUGUUUUCUUCUAGAAUAUUGUGCAAAACAUGAUUUUAAAACAUAUUUUUUCUUACAGGAUAAGAUCUGACAACAAUACAUAUCAAGAAGGUUCAACAAGAAUUCAUAGACUCAUUUUCAAAGGAGUUCUUCUAACCAAUUCUUACUAAACGAUAAUGGAUCUAACUGUUAGCAUGGACCUCAGUUUUCAUCUUGGUUCAACAAAACCAUAAACAAGGCACUAGGACCUAAUAAGGAUCUGAUCAUCUAUAAAGUCUUUAUAAUCUACAAAGACAUAAAAUAAAUAGUUGGUCACAGAAAAUAUUAUUUAUUCAUUACCAUAACCCUACUAGAUAGGAAGACAGUUUGUCUACAGGACUGUUUGAGAAGAUAAUAUAUUUUUCGAGGAUACUUAACAUAAUCCUAGAUGUUUAUGAUGGACAAUAAUCAGUCAAGUUGCAACAUUAACCAUGAUUUAGAUAUGUAUAUGUUCCCAAUUAUAUAUAUCACUGUGAUAGUGAUAAGCAUACCAGCAAACUGCAUAUCCCUUUACAUAUCUUACCAGCAGAUAAAAAAGAAAAAUGAGUUAGGAGUCUAUCUAUUUAACUUGUCUUUAUCUGAUCUGCUGUAUACAACAACAUUGCCUUUUUGGGUUGACUUUAGUUUGAAUCACAAUCAUUGGAGAUUCGCAGAUUGGGCUUGCAAGUUGAGUGCCUUCUUCAUGCACACAAAUGUAUACAGCAGUGCUGGAUUUCUUACUUGUAUCUCCAUUGAUCGAUAUCUUGCUGUGGUCUUUCCUCUAAAAUUUUAUCAACUUCGCAGAAGGAGAACAGCAGUAUUGGUAAGUUUACUAGUUUGGACCUUACAAGGUGCCUCAAAUGUUGUAAUUUUAGUCAAACGAGAGACUUUUAUCAUCACCUCACAUAAGGCUGGCAACAACUCAAAUGAAGUGAGUGACACUGUAUGUUAUGAUAAUUUUCCAAUGGAAGAAUGGAAAUCGUAUUUCAGUAUCGUCAAUGUAUGCAGCGGACACUUCCUACCCUUAAUAAUAAUGGUGUUUUGCUAUUUCAAAAUCUAUGCCGCAGUGAAAACUAAUCAGGCCACUGAUGAGGUCGAUAAAAUUAAAAUUAAACAGCUUCUGUUUGCUAUUGUAGUGAGUUUCGUAAUAUCGUUUACCCCUUAUCACAUUGUUCUGUUAAUACGUAGCAUAAAAGAGCCAAAUAACUGCACUUUUGCCAAUAAAAUGUUCUAUCCAUAUAAAAUAACCUUGGCAUUAUCCAGUGUGAACUGCAUUGCGGACCCAUUUCUGUACUGCUUUGUGAGUGAAGCUGGAAGGGCAGAUCUCAGAACAUUGUUAAACUGCUUUACCAAUAAAAUUGAGUCUUCGUCAAAGAAUGGCUCAGAGUCAAAGAAUGAAUACAGGAUGGUUACAAUUUCAAGGAACAACAUCCAGGAAAACGAGUGUCCUUCACCUAUGAAUAAACCAGAAAUAGACAUGAAACCUGCACACUGACAAGAACAUGCACUAUACAAUGAAAUGUCACAUAUAUUGACAAUGUUUACUGUGUGGACAUAGAACAUAUGUUGCGUUUGCACAACUACCAGGAAAUGUAAAUACCAAGGUAAAAAUGGGCAUCCAUUUUUUACUUGCGCAAUAUGGCAAUUAAAUUUUACACUGAAAUUAAAUUAUUUAUAAAUGUUGUACAAAUGAUGUCCCAAAGGGACAUUGUCUGCUAAUGGAAAAACUAGACUGUUACUAUAAAAUCUGUUAGCAUAAUGUAUUCGUUCUUGUUUGUAUGUUUUGUAUCGUCAGUAUGUUUUGAAGUAGUGACCUGUGUGUCUUAAUGGUUCAGAGUUAUCAUUCUCUGCUCCGCAACGAGUUCCCCGAAUUGUGUUGUUGCAUUUAGAAUAACACUGACAUUCCGAAGAUAACUCUGCAGCAGUUCAACAGGUUAGCCCCAACCAGUGCUGAUGUUAUGCUGAAUGAAGAAACACUGACAUCAGAAAGUCAUUGAAGAAAGGACUUGAAAAACAUGAGUGGGGUCUGCAAGACACAGGGGUGUAAAAGCAUAUGAGUGGGUGCAGGCAAUAUGGAGAAAGUUUAAAAGAUGCAUGAUGGUUCUAAGCAAAUGUGUUCUACUCUGAAAAAACUCAAAAGUGGCAGUGUCUCUUUAAGAUGGAACCAAUAUUAUAGUGCACAGCAUUUGCUGUGUUAUUUUUUUCCUUUAAAUAUGGCCAUUUUGGGGGAAGUGUGUUACAAAACUAAAUAUGCAUUUUUUAACCAAAGUAUGUCUCUGUGUUGUUUUGUUUGUUGUUUUUGACACAAUGAGUUUUAAAGAUAUCUUUGUGGAAAUAAAGAGUCUGUUUUACAUUUA